AUGACCGAGAUAUUACUACCGCGAAGUGUUGCGAUCCUAUUCUUUAGACGAAUUGGUGCUAGAUUUUUUAAGGUUCGUUUCUCCAAAUUCUUUGGGACACGAUUUUACACAACUGGUAUUACAAAUGACAUCAACACUGCGAAUCAGUUGGUUCUAUCAGAAAAUGACCAGCAACUUAGUCUGCUAUUUAAUCAGUUCCCCGUGAAUGAUAUAAGAUACGCAUUUGGCUAUGGAUCCGGAGUUUUCCAACAGGCUGGAUACGACAAGUUAAGGCCGCAAAUAGAUAUGAUACAUAUUGUUGACGAUCCGUUGAGGUUUCACAUACUGAAUACAGAACGAAACAGAAGCCAUUAUUCUGGUUUGCUAUGUUUGGGAAUAAAUGCUGUAUUGGCAGUACAAAAUUAUGGCGCUGGAGUUUAUUUUAAUCCGUAUGUUGCUUUGAAAGAUCAAGAAGGUAACGAGAACAUGGUGAAAUAUGGAGUAGUUUCAACGGAAACAGCUUUAAAAGACAUUCAAGAAUGGUCGACUCUUUACAUAGCCGGAAGACUUCAAAAGCCUGUUAAGUACUUGCACGGCGAUGAGACCUUGAGAAGGGCCAAUGAUCACAAUCUAAGGAGCGCGUUCAACUUGUCACUUCUACUUCUAUCGAGAGGCAAGGAGAGUGAACUGUUGACACACACAAGGAUUUAUGAAAAGGUUGCGCUGCUAUCGUAUAUGGGAGAUCCACGAAUGGUAGUUGGUGGAGAAAACCCCAACAAAGUGAGGAAUAUUGUAAGCAAGCAGAAAGAGAAGUUUGAUUUUCUCUACCAUCCUUACUUGGAAGAGAGUAUGCAAAAAGGUUACCUUGUUCGCCUUGGUGACAAAUAUGAAGUUCGAUUGAAUAAGGAUUCAGUGUCCCAGAUUUUAGCAACUCUCCCUUUUCAGUUUCGAAAGAAACUACUUAAUUCCUACCGGAAUAAGUACAAGCUGCAGCUACUUCAAGAUGAUAGCGCAGAGCAGGUUCUCUUAGGGAACAAUAAAGAGAUGGCCGUAGGACCAUAUUUGCGAGAAAUUCUGAUGGAUCGUGGGUUGAAGAGAGCGCUAAUGGCUUCUUUGCUGGCUACCAUUGCAUACCCAGCAUUAAUUCAAUCCUUGAAAGGUAUAUUCUCCGCUGGAAUAGUCAAGUCAACGAAAUAUGCGUUGGAAAAGAAGAGGAAGAGCUGGGAAAAGGCUGCCCGUGAGUGA